CUCAAAGAAGACCAUGCACGUCCACCUCGCCAUUCUGCACUUUUUGUUGUACUGUACACUGCCUCCGGUUCUUCUCAGAUAUUCCAAGUGCAAUUCAGAGACUAGAUGACCUUGGGAUCCUCAGAGACUAGAGAUGCGGAAUUUUGAUGCUGGCCAACUGUAUUGGUGCUACGUAGAGCUUUCAGCCUAUUUUUCUUCAUGGCCGUGUACUGACCACGAAAUGUCCUCCCAUACCCCAUGUCAGCUUUUCCGCAUGUAGCAUCAGGCGUCAGACGAAGUAGCGGUUCGGCAUAGUUUCUUCUCGAUUGUGUCCCAUAUAUGGAGAAGUACGUUAAAAUUAAGCUCAUAGGCGAAGGUUCGCACGGGAAGGUGUACUUGGUAAAGGAGAAGGUCGACGGGGAUGGAUUCUCAAAACAGGCCAUUCGCAGCGCGAGCGAUAGAGUGUGGGUGAUGAAGGUCGUUCCGCUGCCGACAGAUCCGAAAGAGCGAGAGGAGUGUGUGCGAGAAGGCUCGACCAUGAUGCAGCUCGGCCACCCGUGCAUUGUCGGCUGCAAGGAAGCGUUCAUCGACCGCUCCAGCCGUGCAUUCUGCAUCGUGAUGGAGUACUGUCGGAAGGGCGAGCUGUGUCAGCACCUCAAGAAGCGGUCCAACAUGGCCAUGAUGAUUCCCGAGGACACCAUUCUCAACUGGUUCGUGCAGCUCGUGCUCGCGUUAGAGUACCUUCACCAUAAGAACAUUCUCCAUCGCGACGUCAAGGCGGAGAACGUGUUUCUCCGCAGCCGCCACGACACCCCCCUCGGGAAUGCCGCGACGGUGCAGCUGGGCGACUUUGGCAUUUCGCGAAUGCUGGAGGCGCAUGAGGCGGUGGCGCGCAGCUUCGUGGGGACGCCGCUGUACAUGUCGCCUGAAUUGAUUAGAAACGAGCCGUACGACCAUAAGUCAGACAUCUGGGCGCUGGGCUGCAUCCUGUACGAGAUGAUGUGCUUCGCUAAGCCCUUCCCCGCUACAAGCAUACGCGACCUCGUGCUGCGAGUGCUCAAGAGCAACUACCGCCCUCCCCCGCACAUAUACUCCCCCGAGCUCUGCUUCCUCCUGACCAAGAUGCUCUCUAAAGACGCCUCGCGCCGUCCCACGGCCGCCGACAUCCUCGCCUUCCCGCUGCUCAGGCCGCGCGCCGCGGCGUUCCUGGCGGCGUGCCAGCUGGCGGCAUCCGAAGCGGCGGAGACGCACGGGGAGCAGCAGCAGCAGCAGCUGGAGGAGCAGAUGCAGCGACAACUGCUGCAGCUGCCGCCGCACCAGCAGCAACAACAACAACAGCAGAGCCACCACCGCCACCAUCGCCGCCAUCGGCAGCAGCAGGAACACCAGCUUGACGGUUCCGCCUCGCCUUCCCCCCUCUCUCCGCCUCCCUCCCCGCCUCUCUCCCCCCCCCUCGCCUCCCCCUCCUGUUCCUCCUCCGUUCCGUCCUCCCCUCUCCACCACCACCACUCCCCCGCCGCCGCGCGCGUCCUAGCCAUUCAUAGAGAGGUAGUGCAGCAGGCGCACCGCCUAGGCCUGCACGCGCCGCUCGAGCCGCUGCUCUCCCCCGGCCGCGCGCGGUCCGCGGAAGAGGCGCGCGCGGCGGGGCUUCCGCUCGCGUCUGCUUCUCGGGGGGCUCCGGCAGGGGGAGCGGCGGAGGCGCGGGGUGAUGGGGCGGCGGGCGGGGAGGGCACAGGCGCACUGUACCGCGACUAUGAGGCGAGCUUGAGGGUCAACUCAGCACAGAGCCGUUCGCACAACAACCGUUCCCGAGCCACGUCAACGGACGGGGUCGUCACCCAAACCAACGUCGCAGCCUCGGGCUGCCCGACCAGCCCGUUUGCCUCGGCGGCGGCUCGGCGGCGCUUCUCAGCCUCGGACACGGACAACCUGGUGCAGCGCGCCAAUAGCCGCGGCAGGGGGAGCAGCGGGCGCAUGGGGGACGGCGGGGACGCGGGGGGAAGCGGCAGGAGCGGGGGCGGUGGAAGCAGGCGGGGGUCGCGAGAGCUGUCAUUGGCGGAAGAGGAUUUGCGCGCGCUAGAGGAAGGGAUGGAGGAGGGGGGCGGGGAUUUAUCGGACGUGGUUCGCGGGGGGGCGACGGGCGAAGCGAGUAGUGCGGAUACCAGAGGGAAUUCGUCUCAGGAGAGUAUAGAUAUAGGCUUAGGCACCGGGGACGAGUUCGGGUCUCAUAACGGGGAAACUAAUGGACGCUUUAGCAGGGAAGCUUCUAGGAGGUAUUCGGAAUCCACUCCCCCGUUGCCAUCCCCGCCAGGGGCGCGGCUUUCCCCAUCAGCGGAAACAGGCGCGGUGGUAUAUAGGCCGCGGGGGAGGGGCGCAGGGGAGCGGGAGUCCACGCAUGGGCGGGAAGCUGAGGACGCGGGCGCAGAGCCAAGCAGACGCGCGCAGGGCGGGGAGUAUGAGGGGAGCGGGGAAGGCGCAGGGGAGGGGAGAGCGCGGGAGGGAAGCAGGGGCGCGGAACGGCGGCCAAGGGAGGGGCGCGCGCUGGCGAGGGGGCGCAGCGAGGGCGGGCGGAUGGGGGAAAACUUCCGCCUUGGGGAGGGCGCGGCCAUGGGGGAAGGCAGUAGGGAGGGCGCGGGUAUGGGCGCGGGCAUGGGCGCGGGCAUGGGUGAGGGGGUGUGGGCGGGCGAGGGGGCGGAGAAGGACAGGGAGCGGAGCGGGUGGCAGCAGGAGCGGAGGCGGCGGCGGGCUGCGCGGAUGCCCUCGUGGGACUGUGAAAGGCUUCCAGGGAUCGCCCUCUCAGGAAUUGCCCACUCCCGCCCCCCCCGGUCGUUCGAAUCGUCUCCAAUUUCUGCGGAAUCCUACACUCCCUCCCUCACUCCGUCCCUCUCUCCCUCCCGCGUCCUCUCCCUCACUCCCUCCCGCGCCACCUCCCGCGCUCGCUCUCACAGCAGCAGCAACGCCACGGACCAGUCCCUGGGGCAGUCCCCCCUGUGGACGCCCAGGCGGGUGAUAGAAGAGGCUAGCCGCAUGCUGGGGGGGCAGCGGGGGGAGGGGAUAGGCAUGGGCAUGGGUGCGGGCAUGGGUGCGGGCAUGGGUAUGGGUAUGGGUAUGGGGUAUAACGGGAGGCAGCAGUAUGGGCAUUAUCAGAAGCAGCAGCAGCGGCGGCGGCACCAGAAGCACCAGUCCGAGUCUUGCAUAGAGCUGCAGAAGGGGCCAGGGGGGUUCGGGUCAGACCUCUCCCCUAAUAGGGAUAACAGGGCGUACAGUCCUGGGAUACCAUAUGCUCGAGAGAGCAGGUGGAGUCAAGAGGAACUCAAUAGGGGGUAUGUUGGGGAUGGGAUGGGGUAUAGUCCGCCGGGUAGGGCCCUGAGCCCACCAGCAGCAGCACACCAUUCCCAGAAUCAUCACCGUCAGCAGCAGCAGCAGCAGCAGCAGCAGCAGGCGUUUGAGGUGAGGCCGCGGGUUCGAUCCCCAGUGGCGUCAUUCCCAAGCAGGGUGAGCGAGGGGGAUGAGGAAAAGAGCAGCAGCAGUGAUAAAGCUCAGGGCGCUCACGCUGCUGCUGCUGCUGCUGCUGCUGGUACUGCUGCUGGUGCUGCUGCUGGUGCUGCUGCUGCUGGUGGCAACACAGCUCAUGACGCCACCGCUGCAGCCGGGGAUCGCACUCUCAUUGGCGCUGCUACCUGUGGGGCAGAGGCUGCCUGCUCAAACCCCCCAAGCCCCACAAGCCGGUGCCCUAGCCCCCCAAGUCCCUCCAGCCCCACUAUGACUCGCUCUCUGCCCACUCGCAGCUCUGCCAGCUCCACAGACGCCGAAGCCGUGCUCUGCCGAGCCAUUGCCUCCAUCCCCUCCCCCCCUGAGAGCCCUUCCGCUCUCACGCUCAUCCCCCCCCUCAUCCCCUCCUCCCACAAACUCAACAAGCCAGGGGAAACAGCUGCUGCUGCCGCUGCUGCUCCCGCUCUUUCCUCUCCCGUCACCCAGCCUCCAGCUGAGUCUGCUGUGCCUUCUGCUUCUGCCACAACUCUUGCUCCCACCCCAGCACCAUCCCUAGAUGCCCACACAUCCCACGGAUCCCGAAACCCCCUUGCUGCCCUGCCGCCCCUCCCCUUCCAACUCCACUCCUCCCCCCACCGUACCCGCCUCCCUGCACCCGGUCGGGCGCCUGCCUUUGCCACGGCUGCUGCUCUCAUUGCUGCUGCCACCGGUAUGCGCGUCUCGGCUCCUCCCCCUGAGGGGCGUGGGGGCAUCCCAGCAGCGACGUCUGUGGAAACCCUCAGCAGCACGCUCAGCUCUGACACUGCCGCUGCCAUUCCCCGCAUGGAGCACGUCGCCGCUCUGCACCGCAUUCAACUCCUGCAGCAGCAGCAGCAUGUAGGGAAGCAGGGGGGGAAAGGGGCAGUUGUAGAGUCGUCAGCCAGUGCUGGCGAUAGCGGCACUGCCGGUGGGGGCAGCAGCGCCAACGCGUCUAUCUCCAGCAACGGAGGAGGCAGCAGCGGCACCCGCCCCACGUCCCCCCUCCGGUUCGGGGGGAGGCUGGCUGCAAAGCUGGCUGGGUCCUUCUCGUCCCUUGUACCCAAAUCCCCCAAGUCCCGCAGCCCUAGGAAGGCUGGGAGGAGGUUCGCUGCAACCUCAGGAACGGGAGGCUCAGAUUCCUCUGCAGCAUCUGCAGCUGUGUCGGCAGCAGGGGCGGCAGCAGGAGCAGCAGCAGGAGCAGCAGCAGGGCAAGGGAAGGGAUCCUCCCUGGUAGCAGCAGUGGCACUGGGGGGCCACAAGAAGAACCCCUCUCUGACUUUAUCCACAGACGAAGGGCCCACAGCCGGCUCUGGGAACUUCAGCAGCGAGGGGUCUAUGAGCUGGAGCUCCCUCCUCUCCCCCACCUCCCUUAUAGGCCGCUCCUUCUCCCUCCUCUCGCCCCGGAAAAGCCCCAAAACGCGCCGGGGAACCUGCCUUGUACCUGCCACGUCGACCCGGGAAAGGGAGGAGGUGGAGGGGGCGGUGACGGGGGAUAGUGAGCUGAGUGCGAUGGCUUCGCUGGAGGCCAGUUUGAGCCAUGGCUCGGAUAUUCUGUGGGGCGUGAGGGACGCUGCUGGGGCUGCAGCAGAUGCAGGGGCAAGGGCAGGGGCAGGAGCAGGAGCAGGAACGAGGGCAGCAGGGGAGGCAGGUGAUGUUAAAGAGUGUUCUAGUAACGGGUCUGAGGAUGUGCUAGUGGGGCAUGUGCGCAGCAGACUGCAGGCAGUGCAGACAGUGCAGGCGUGCAGGAGUGGGGAAGACGCAAGCAACGAGGAGGAGAGCGAGAGGAAAUGGACGCGGCAAGCGACGGGUGAUCGCAGGUUGCAGGGGCAGAGGCCCGUGCAGGGGUCAGUGCAGGGGCAGGGGAAGCCUGGGGCAGGUGGGAGCAUGAACCAGUCAGGCGGGGCUUGGACCCCCUCCCACUCAGACAGAAAACUCACCACCUCUCUCCACUGCCCCACACAGUCUUCGUUGGGUAACCCCAGAGCUGGUUACCACGGUGCAACAGUGAAGCGUAACAGCUCUAGCAGGUCGCUAAAGGAAGAGGCGGCCUGGCAGCGGCCGUUGCCUGUGCUGGAUUUGUCAGAGGAGGGGGAGGAAGCAGCAGAUGGGCUGUCGAAGCAAUCAGUGGCAGGCACGGGGAUGCAUGAAAAGGCAUCCGUGAGUGGUAGAGGAGGACAGAGGGGGGAGCAAUCUGUGGAUGCGUAUGGUGAUGGUGAUUCUGGGGAUGAUGGGGACGAUGCGGAGCAAGAGAGCGAUGGGGAUUCGGCUUCGUCAUAUAGCCCUACAGUACCAGCGACACUGACGUCGCCGAUUGGGAGCUUGUUCCAAAGCAGGAGGAAGCGUGAUCGACUGCCAAGGCGGUCUCAACGGAGGAAAUCUGUCACUCCUCGUUAAUAGCUGCUGAGGUGUGGAACUUCACAAUAUACAGCUGCGCCUGUGUUUCUACACCGUAGCCUCCAAUAAAUACCGCAAAUGUUAUUUCAUUCAUUCAUUAUUUGGUUCUUAGCUACUCAACAACACCAUAUUAUGUGGUUCUCUGAGUAUUAUUAGUCACAAGGGUGCAUUCACGGCUCGUGUCACCCCAAAUUCCGGUC